AUGUCAAUGGAAGAAAAAUUCGCAGAGCCUGGAACCCCGUCUGAGAACAAUGGCGACAGUGGAAUUGGCGCUGGCAACAGCCAAGAAGAAGGACUCGACAAGCUGGGAUACGUGCAAGAAAUGGCACGAAACCGCUCCCUGUUCACGCUCUUGUUCCAAACACUAGCCAUCGCCGCCAUUCCAUACGGCGAAGGUGGCCCCCUGAUGAGCGCCAUCUAUGGCGGAGGUCCCCUGGCCAUCUUCGUGGGCUGGAUUGUCGUCUGCGUGCUUGACGAGUGCGUGGCCCUCUCCCUCGCCGAAUUGGCAUCGCGAUGGCCUACCUCUGCCGGACCGUACUACUGGUCUUUCCAAAUUGUGCCUGAAAAUGCCAAAACCGUGCUGUCCUUCGUCAAUGGCUGGGUCUGGCUUAUCGGUAACUGGACAAUUACCCUGUCUGUGAACUUUGGUUUCGCCUCGCUCUUGUCCGGCACCAUAGGCAUGUAUCACCCGGCCUGGUCCGCGAAUGACUGGCAGCUGCUCCUGAUUUUCUACGCGAUCUGCCUGGUAUCCUUUGUCAUUUGCACGUUUGGCAAUCGCUUCUUGCCCAUGGUCGACACAAUCUGUGCUGCAUGGACCGCCAUCAGUAUUUUGGUCAUCAUGAUUGCGCUGUCGGUCAAGGCGGACGUAGGUCGCCACGAUGCCGCGUACGCUCUGGGCGAUUAUAAUACCAAGCUGUCCGGCUGGGGUGGAUUCACGUUCUUCAUCGGCCUGCUGCCAGCCGCGUAUUGCUUCUCGGCCGUCGGCAUGAUUGCUUCCAUGGCAGAAGAGUGCGCAAAUGCAGUCGUGAAAGUGCCACAAGCUAUCUCGCUUUGCGUCCCAGUGGGGGGUAUCGCAGGCCUGUUCUUCAUAAUCCCCAUCUGCGUCACCCUGCCGCCAUUGGGAGACAUCAUAAAUGCACCAGCUGGACAAGCCCUGCCGUAUAUCUUCCAUAUCGUCAUGGGCAGUCCCGGCGGUGGACUGGGACUGAUUUUCCUCGUUCUCGCCAUCACGCUCUUCUGCUCUAUCAGCAUCACAACGGCAGCGUCACGAACAACAUGGGCCUUUGCUCGCGACGAGGCAGUCCCACUGUCAAAGGUGUGGGCCAAAAUCAACACAAAACUAGGCGUACCCGUCUGGUCUCUCGCCUUAAUAACCAUUGUCCAAAUGCUGCUAGGGCUCAUCAACCUCGGCAGCUCAAGCGCCUUCACGGCCUUUGUCUCAGUCGGCGUCGUCGCGCUGGCCGUCAGUUACGCAAUCCCCAUCGGCGCCAGUGUCUUUCACAGACGCCAGGAAGUCAACAAGGCAAAGUUCACUUGUGGCCCUGUCCUGGGGCUGAUCAUCAACGUCGUAGCUCUGUUGUGGAUUGCCUUUGAACUAGUCCUUUUCUGUAUGCCGACCACUCUGCCUGUGACGGCGAGUUCGAUGAAUUAUGCCGCUGUCGUGUUUGUUGGUUUUAUGGCCAUUUCGGCCGUUUGGUAUGCUGUUUAUGCUCGGAAAACGUACAAGGGCCCUCCUGCAUCAGAUGGGUUGUGA